UUUUUUUUUUCACUGGAAAUUACAGGAAAGAUCCAGAAAUGAGCUCCACAUGUCAGACUUUAAAAUGAGACGUUUGCACAUUUCCAUUUAGUCUCAUGUAAAAAAGAGUGAUCAAGUUCUGAAAGAUUCAAUUCAAUCUUUUAAAGUUUCAAAGGAAAGACUAAAAAGUUUUGAGGUGUGGCAGAGAGAGAGAAGUGUUUACUCGUGUCACCUUUGACUCCCAUAAAGUGAAGGGGGCGUAGCGUUCAUAGGUUCACGCCGUGCAUGUUAAAACAAACCACAGGCGACCCACAUUCCUCUUGACUCAGAGGAGAUGUUUCUGUGCUCGCUGCGUUCAGGGAGGUGUUUGUGACAGUUUGCACAGUUUACUUCAACAGAGAAGAGAGAGGAGGAAGACGUGACUGACGCUUUGGUUUACACUCGUUUGAGAAGAAGAAACAUGGGGAGACGUCUUCUGAUUUUCCUUGUUUUGGCUCUCUGUCUUAGUGUUUCACUUCAAAAGAAAGGUAAGACUUCUUCUGUUAUUUCUCUUUAUUAAACUCAGACCUGUCAUCUGACCUUAAGUGUUAAGAAGAGCGCUUUUAAAUAAAAUAUUAUUAUUCUUAUUGAUUGUUUCUGUGACAAAGAGAGCUGUAUUCUCACUGACUGUGUGUGACAUCUCUCUCUGGUUGGCUCGGUGUCUUACUUCAUCUAUAUCAGACUAAUCAAUAACAGCGGGCUGCGGCACGCUCCCUGGUGAUUCACUGAUUCACUAUUACAGCAACCACAUUCCGUACACAUGACAAGAGAAGUUUCAUCAUUAGGAUUGAAACCACAGGAUUGUUGAAUGGACUUAAAAAAGUUGUGUUAGUUCAGCCUGUAAGGAAACAUCUCUCUGUUUUCUGUCACUAAGGACACAGAUUUGAACAAGCUGAUCCAGGAAGUUAUCAACGUGUUAUUUCUCUGAUUAAACCAGGUCAGGUCAAUUCCAAUAACCUGAUAAAAGUUUACUAUAGUUAAAAAAAGAGGCUUUUAUCAUUCAAAAGUUUAUAAAAAUCAGAUUUUCAUCAUUUACAGCUUAUAUUUAAUUCAAACUAAUGUGAGGAGAGCAUAUUGAAUUUUGAAAUAUUUAGUUUUUUACUGUUUUUUGUUUGUUUUAAAUUUAUUGCCAGCAACUUGUUUAAAAAAGAAAGCUUGUACAGGAGCAUCAAAAAUCUUAAAAAGUUGUGGGAUUCUUCAAAAAACAGCCGGAGGAACAUCUCCAAGUUUAAAAAUUUCGUUUACAACAAUUAAGUAACGGUACUGAAUCUGAGAAAAGGACGCCAGAGAGCUUUGAGCAUAACUUUUCUGAGAAAAAAGUUGGAAUUCUGACUUUAAUCUCAGAAUUCUGACUUUUUUCUCAGAUUAAUAAUUAAAAAAAUAUUUAUCUGACCUUUUUUUUUUUUUUUCAGUAGCUCUAAUCUUCUUCUGUACUUUUCUCAUUAUCACACUGUUAAAGAUUUGGGGUUUUUAAUCAUCUACAGAACAUCAGAGAACAUGGAGAAAAGCCAAAUUUUAAUACCAAAGAGCCGAGAUCUUAGUUAACGGACUCUGAAGUGGGAGGCGCUGCGUGGGCUCAGAAUAAUCUACAAAAGCCUUUAUCUCUGAACGCAGUUUGUUCCGUCCGCAAAUGCAGGUUAACAUUGCACCAUCUAGAGAAAAACCCCCACACAUACAUCUAAUUUAAAAACGCUGACAAAAGAUUGUAUCAGGUGAGAGUGAGACCGUUCCUGUGUGACAACUGAUAAAGAAGAAAAAAAUAAAAACCAUACCGCUGACCAGCUUUUCUGACAUGUCGCUAGAUUAAAAAACUUUUUAUAAAAAAGUGAAGAAAGUGAAAGUAAAGCAGCUCCAUGCGUCAGUUGCAGCUCAUUUAGGUUGAGUAAACAUGACUGUUUAUGAGCCUGAGGAGGACGUGAAUACGUGGCUUCGGUUUAGACUGUAGAAAUGAUCAAAUAUAAAGAUAAAAAUAAAGCUAAAGUGCUCGCUCUGUUUUUUAAUUCUCUGUUUUUUUAGUCAGUGAAGGUCAUGUCCUUAAAUUUCUAAAAGUUCCUCACAGCAGCUUUAAAGGAAUAUUUCAGCGUAAAAUUAAUUUAAGGUAAAACACACAGUAACACAGAGUUAGACACUCCCCCGAGAGAUGAAUGUUGUCGACCGCUUGCUUCUUUAGUUAUACCAACUUUAGUAACACCCGCAGACAGCAAUACAGAGAGCCAUGCACUCAACCAAAACGCCACUCUAUAGCCAAAAAUAAUGCUCAGAACAGCACCUAACUUCAUCAACAGUACAUAUAGGGUCCCAGCCACAGCACUAGCCACCAAACAUCUUUUUAACUUUGCCUAAUUUGUUUAGCAAAGAGACUAAACACAACUCAUCUACUCUCAUCGAGCAGCCGCUUGUUUGUAGCGAGACCUUGGACCAGUCCAUUACGGACUACAGCGGGGUGACGCAGCUCAAGGAAGAACAUUUAUGAUCAUUUCUUCAUGGAAAUGCAAUCAGACCGAGACGCUAAGGCAGAAGAACUACUGCGUCUGCAGUGCAAAAUGAUUAAUAUGGUGAUUAUUUCUUCAAUGAAAUGAUGAAGAAAUGAUCAUAAAUGUUCUUCCUUGAGCUGCGUCACCCUGCAGCAGUCCGUAAUGGACUGGCCUGAGGUCUCCCUACAAACAAGCGGCUGCUGGAAGAGAGUAGGUGAGUUGUGUUUAGUCUCUUUGCUAAAGAAAAGAUGUUUGGUGGCUAGUACUAUGGCUGGGACCCUAUAUGUACUGUUGAUGAAGUUAGGUGCUGUUCUGAGCAUUAUUUGUGGCUAUAGAGUGGCGUUUUGGUUGAGGUUUGUUUUUGGCUCCUCAGACCGCUGUGUAUUGCUAUCCUGCGGUUGUUACUAAAGUUGGUAUAACUAGAGAAGCAAGCGGUCAUCUCUAGAGGGGGUGUCUAACUCGGUGUUAUGGUGUGUUUGACCCUAAAUUAUUUUACACCAGAAAAUCAUUUUUAAGUUCACUCUCAUUACUCUCCUCCUUGAGUGUCUUAAUUCUCAUAGUUUUGCAUCUUUGUGUGUUUGUUGUAGUGAAAAAGAAAGACAGAGGACACAGGAGGAACAGCUCGGCAGUUAUUGGUCCUAGAACUUUUAAAGGACUGCCAGACCUUCAGACCAGUUUUAUUUUUAUCCUAAAUGGGACACAGGCUCCAGUUUCGACUGACUCUCCUCCAUCACUGCGGUCUCUAAGCAACAGCACAGUGGGAUACCUCCUCAGCCCUCUGAGCACGCGGGUCAUCCCCGUUAUUUAUGUCCUGGUCAUCAUCGUUGGGAUCCCAGCCAACGUCGCCAUCUUGAGCAUGCUGGUCGCCAAAAUCCGGAAGGUGUCCUCUGCCAUCCUCUACUGCAGCCUGGCCGUCUCCGACCUCUUGCUCCUCCUCUCACUCUUCUUUAAGGCUCACUACCAUUUCCAUGGAAACCACUGGGUGCUCGGGGAGGCCGCCUGCCGAGUGGUCACUGCUUGUUUCUAUGGCAACCUGUACUGCUCAGCCCAGACGCUUGCUUGCAUCAGCAUCAAGCGCUACCUGGCUGUGGUGCACCCAUUCAUGUACAAAAGACUCCCUAAGCGGACGUACACGACAUGCGUCAGUAUCGCCGUAUGGGGGGUGUUCGGUGCCGCCAUCAUACCUGAACUCCUCGUGCAGCAGAGCUAUUGGCUCCCUGAGGUGGGCCGCACCACCUGCCAUGAUGUACUCCCUCUGGACUUUGACUCCCAUGUCUUCCUGCUCUACUACAACCUGUUCCUGACCGUCUUCGGCCUCCUGGUUCCUCUUGUGAUUACUGUUGUUUGCUUCGCCCGUAUCAUCAGUGAGCUGCAGCAGUCGCACCAUGACUGGGCGAUGUACAUCAAAGCCAGCUCUCUGGUUUUUGGCAUCUUCCUGCUGUGCUUCACUCCUGCUGGAGUCCUGCACUUCUCCCACUAUGUGCAGCUGUUUGCAGACGGGACAGAAACUUUAUACGUCUACUUUAAAGCAGCAGUGUGUCUGUGCUGCGUCCACGCCUGCCUGGACCCCUUCCUCUUUCUGCUCAUGUCAAAGUCUGCAGGAUCGGCACUUUACUUCAGUCCUUUUAAGGGGAAGACUCUGAGUAUAUCUAUAUGAGGAAAAGCUACAGAUGAGACUGAUUUUGAAUUUCUUUGUGGCUGGAAUCCAAAGAGAAAACCUUGAAAGUGUUUGUGUUAAUCUGCAGGCAGAAUAAACAAAGCUACAGAGACUGUGAUAGGAAAAGGGGAGGACAUGUAUAUAAGUGAUGUAAAUAAAAUGAGAGAAAAAUUAUUAAUCGUUAACAUGUUGGUUUAAAGGGAUAUUUCUGUUUUUUUAUAUUCAAACAUAUUAUUGGAUAUUUUUGUAUAUAGCCUGUAUUCUACUGUCAAAAAAAGGGAAAAGACACUCUGGUGCAACAACCUUAGCAAUGACAGUUGAAGCUUUACUUAGUAAAUGAACUGUAGAGAAAGUUACCCAGAAUUUCCACCGCAUCCAAAACAGCAGCAAUUUUUGCCGUCUGCCAAUUCCUACCGGAUCCGUUUGUGAGGCGGAUUUGGUGGCAGAUUACGGACAGUGGGAAUAGCGAGAGCUUUCAAGAACCUGCGGAUUCAAGUGCAAUCGCGUGAUAACGAGUUGUUGCUAUAAAGACAGCUACAUAACUGUAAUGAUGCCUAGCACAUGUUCCCACUUUAAAGAAUGGAAGGUCCACACGAAUGAUCAUUUUGACAAGCUUUACUGGUUACAGAUCUGGGUUACAGCUUCAUCAUGUCAUAAGUGUAACAAAGACUGGUCUGAGACUGUUCAAGUACAUAUAGCCGUCCACAUUUCCAAACACUCUGCUUGCAUCUUGUUGAUCUGAAAGAGAGCGCAUGUAGGGUAAUAACAAAGCACAACGUAUUUUGGGAGCCUAAGUGAUGUUAAACAUGGGUACAAGGUCCUUGUUGAGGAUGGUUGUAGGAGGCCUAUGGCUCCAGAAAUGUAGCACCAAGGUAUCCAAGGUGUGACACCAAGGAGUGACACUGUUUCACCACACUUAAGGCUGACGUGACCACCCAAAGAAAAUCACCCUGACAAUAACCAUAUAAGCAGUAGACUGUGUCCUUCCAAAGGAGGAAAUCCACAUCUAGACUUCUAGAAUUAGCAUCUCCACAUCCACGGUGUCAACAGGGUGAAAUGCUGUCUAAAAACCUUUCACUGGUUCAUCCCCGCCUGUUUAUAUGGUGUGAGAUGCGAUCCGCCUGAAACACGGAGUGUUUUAUUUUGAAAAGAAGCCGGAUGUUUUAUUUUGUGUCUGUGCCUGACUUCCUUUCCAACAUGGGUGAACCUGUGCUGAAUUUAUCUAGCAUGCUUCAGCGUCCGGAAAAUAUAGAACUCGAUCAGCUACAAUCGUUGGCCUUUUCGUAGCUGUUCUAGAUGUGGUGGAAAUUGGGGUUUAGAAGUUUUCAGACGCUGCAGUCUGGCGGAAAAAGACUUAAUCGGCCAAAAUUUCUAGCCAAAAGAAAUGCAAAAUAAAUGUUCAUCACCAUGGUCCAAAUAUAAGAUGGGGCUUUAGGCAGCUCCUUCAGCAGCAGACUGAGACUCCCACCCUGCAGGACGGAGCGCUACCGCAGAUCAUUCCUCCCCUCUGCAAUAAGACUUUACAAUGAACAGUAACAAAACUGAUUUUACACCACCACUUUUUUUAUGGCAUUUAAAUUGUGUAUAUUGUAGAAAGCUUUAUUUUUUCUUCUCCCUUUUCUAAUUUUUUUCUUAAUUAUUACAUUUAUUUAAGUUCUUAAUAUUAGGACCCUUAUUGUUAUAACUGCAUUUUUGCACUUUUUGGCUUGUCUGUGAUGCUGCUGUGACAAAAAAAUUUCCCCCAUGGGGGAUCAAUAAAGGAAUAUUCUAUUCUAUUCUAUUCUAUUGCUACCUUAAGUAACAUGUGAAAAUAGUGGGAUCAUCAGCAUAUGUUGACAGCAGAGCUGAGAAACAUAACUGAACUAAAACUUUUGUGCAAAAAAGGUAAAAAAUGUGAGUCACGUACUAGUUGGUAUAGGAGGACUAACAAUCAACCAAAUCCAAAAUGCAUGAAAUAAUCUUUUGAAGGAGGAAAAUUAAAAAAACAACUCGAGCACUUUCUUUUUUCUGUGUUGAAUUAUUCCUCCUGAAGGUUUUUAUGUUUGAAGAGUCAACUCAAUGAGGAAUCAUGUGACACACUGUUGUAAUAACAUGUUUAACAAACCUUUGAGGUAUUUUCUGCUUACUAAAGCUCCUGUGAGGAGUUUUUAGCUCCACCUUAAAUAUCCUGAAACUGACCUUCAGACUAAAUUAUUUUAAUGUCAGAAGAUGAUGGCGGGGGGUAGGUGUCAGGCUCGACAAAAACUGCUUCUCACAGGAGCUUUAAAACACAGCUAGAGGAAUUUUGUUGGGGAAAAAAUAUCACAUGUACUGGAAAAUAACAGCUAAAACAUAAGGUACCCUUAAAGUUCCACACUGGAGCUUUGAACAAAGAACCAAAUUAUGCUUCAAAAAUUCAGUCUUUCAGAAUCUUUUGUCAAACCCCUCUAAGCUUUUCCUGUAACUGAUGUAAAUGUGCAGUUUCUAUGUUGUACACGGCUAUAAAUAAGACAUGUUUUUGUCUGAGUUUCUAAAUGUGGAGUUGUGUUUUUAAUGUUUUCCUCUGGACUCCUGGGGGGAGGGAGAAUCACCUUUGAACUAGCCCCUUUACCCCUCCCUCACUGAGGUGGCGUUUCCUGCUCUGACUGGGACAGGAUGCAGCAAACCGAGAACUGGAAACAAAGACAUUAAAUUAUUUCCAGAGAUGUUUCUAACCCACUUUAACUGUUCGGAAAAUGAUGAUGAGUCAGAGGCUGGAGUCUGAAAGUUUCAGUGCAAUAACGGAGUUUAAAACUGAGAAGUUUGAAAUGAAAAUGGGAACUUUGUGCUGUUUGAAUAUGAGGUUUUGCUUUAUGCUUUAUGCUUUACACUGAAUCCACUGGAGUGUUUUUACCUAUGUAAAUUAAUCUUGUCUUUUUGGAAGUGUGUUUUAUUAUUAUCAUUAUUAUUAUUCUUAUGAACAUGUCAGUAAUUAUAUCUUCUUGAGUUUAUGUGUUUAUGGCUGCCAGUCUUUACAGUCACAGUCCACAGUGGAAAUAAAUCCUGGAUCUAAUAUUUUGCUGAAGUCUGACGUCGUCUUUUCUUUAAUGUGACACAAAUACGGGUUCACUUCAAUAACACAAGCCAUCUGUCUCUCUGUACUUGUUGCUUUUUGUUUAGCAUUAAUGGAGGCUUCACAUAUGCAGAGGACGGGCGUCCGUGAUUUCCAAAAAGAAGACCAAACUUUAGUUUGUUAGACCACAGGACAGUUUCUGAAUCCGCCCAUUUCGUUUUCUCUCUGCAUUAUUAAACAGUUUUUCUCCAACAGCUCCAAGAGAGACAGGAAUUGAGGGGAGUCGAGACUUGUAGCAAAAGGUCAAGGCAAGGAAUUGAACCAGCGACCGCUCCGACAAGGACUGUAGCUUUAUAUGUGUGGUGUUUGUUUGCUAGACCACUGGUGCCCCGUGCAUUUGUGGAUGUAGCAACAGUGUGUAUUCACAGAUGAGGAUUUUGAGCCCAUGUGGUGACUACAGAGUCAUGCCCAUUUUUAAUUGAAACUUGCCUUAAAGGCCAAAAGACUCAGCUUCUUAUAAAUUCCUCUUUUAAACCCAGUCACGCUACUAACCUGUUGCAAAUGAACUUUUUUAGUUGAGGUUGUUUGUUAGUGUUUUGUCUUUGCUGUCCAAACUUUGUCUAAACAAAUUGCUGCAUCAAGUUUUAAAUCAGAAUAAAUAGUUAAUACAUUAAUAUAAUUUUCUCUUUCGACAACUGAUAUGUUGUCUUACUUCCUGGUAAAUAGUUUAUUAAUUAAUUAUUAAUUAUUUGCAAACAAUUAAAAUCUCAUUUUGUCAACAUUUUAAAGAGUCCAAACUUAUUUGUAAUUAAGAUUUAAAAUAAGUGAUUUUUUUUUCUUUUUU